GCGCGCUGUCCGCGGUCCUGAAACCUCCUGCGGCUGCUGCCUCACCUCAGAUUGGACCGGAGCUCCGCCGCCCCGCACCGGCUGCACAUUUUCACUUUUGCAACUCGAUUUCUCGAAGAAUUGUAAGAAGAAAGAGGACUCACCACGCCCCUCACGUCCUGCCAACAAAAAAACAAAAAAAACCCUCAACUUUCCGUUUUCUGCGUUGCUGUUUUCUAAUCGCUGCCUGGAUCUUAAAAUGGCACUGCGUGGAUUAACAUUGCGCAAAGCGAAAGCGGACUUAUUUGACUGCUGUUGUGUGACUGUGAAAGCAGCCCUUUCAGACUGAACGUGUCUCCUCUCGUGGCUCAUCCUUUCAGGACAUCGAGACAUUUUUUUUCUGCUUUAAAGACAAGAGCACGUCGUUGGGAUUAAUAUUUUAACAAUAUGCUCAUUAAUGCAGCGCAUCCAUUUCUUACAGUAUUAUAGAAUUUUAUAGAGGAUUUGGAUAUGGAGCCAGGCAUGGAGAAAGCUGCCCCCACCACCAAGGAGGGAAUAAAACAGAUCGCAGGAAAGGCCCUCGGGAAAAUUUAUAGGAGGCUGGAAAAGAAGCAGCAGACAGGUGAGGCCAUCGAGCUGACGGAGGAUGGGAGACCCGCCGGGGAACCGCAGCGGAAGGCGCCCCUCUGUGACUGCACUUGCUUCGGGCUUCCGCGCAGAUACAUCAUCGCGAUGCUGAGCGGGAUGGGCUUCUGCAUCUCCUUCGGCAUCCGGUGUAACUUGGGUGUGGCCAUCGUCAGCAUGGUCAAUAACAGCACGAUCCACCAAAACGGCAAGAUCAUCAUCACGGAGAAAGCAAAAUUCAACUGGGACCCAGAGAUCGUGGGGAUGAUUCAUGGCUCCUUCUUCUGGGGCUACAUAGUGACUCAGAUCCCAGGAGGGUAUAUCUCCUCCAGGCUGGCUGCAAACAGAGUUUUCGGUGCUGCCAUUGUGCUGACAUCCAUCUUGAACAUGUUCAUCCCUUCUGCCGCCCGGACGCACUAUGGAUGCGUCAUCUUUGUGAGGAUAUUGCAAGGGUUGGUGGAGGGAGUGACUUAUCCCGCCUGCCACGGGAUUUGGAGCAAAUGGGCUCCGCCGCUGGAGAGGAGUCGUCUCGCAACCAUUUCCUUCUGUGGCUCCUAUGCUGGUGCAGUGAUAGCCAUGCCUCUGGCUGGGAUCCUGGUCCAGUACGCUGGGUGGUCCUGUGUCUUCUAUGUGUAUGGAUGCUUUGGGAUAUUUUGGUACAUGUUCUGGGUCCUGGUGUCCUACGAGAGCCCGGCGGAGCACCCCACCAUCACCGAUGAGGAGCGCCGUUACAUUGAGGAUAGCAUCGGUGAAACCGCCCAACUGAUGAGCGCGAUGGAGAAAUACAAGACCCCCUGGAGGAAGUUCUUCACCUCCAUGCCCGUCUAUGCAAUCAUUGUGGCCAACUUCUGCAGGAGCUGGACAUUUUAUCUGCUCCUUAUCAGCCAGCCUGCAUACUUUGAGGAGGUGUUUGGCUUUGAAAUCAGCAAGGUUGGAAUGGUGUCAGCGCUUCCUCACUUGGUCAUGACCAUCAUCGUGCCCUUGGGAGGCCAGUUGGCGGACUACCUGCGGACCCACAACAUCUUGUCCACCACCGUGGUCCGGAAAAUCAUGAACUGUGGAGGGUUCGGCAUGGAGGCCACUCUCUUGCUAGUGGUUGGUUAUUCUCACAGUAAGGGGAUGGCCAUCUCCUUCUUGGUUCUGGCGGUGGGCUUUAGUGGAUUUGCAAUAUCAGGUUUUAAUGUCAACCAUCUAGACAUCGCUCCUCGCUACGCCAGCAUCCUCAUGGGUAUCUCAAACGGGGUGGGGACCCUGUCAGGGAUGGUCUGCCCUCUAAUAGUGGGAGCCAUGACAAAGAACAAGACGCGGGAAGAGUGGCAAUACGUCUUCCUCAUCGCCGCCCUGGUGCAUUACGGGGGCGUGGUGUUUUAUGGGAUCUUUGCAUCGGGGGAGAAACAGCCAUGGGCCGACCCCGAAGAAACCAGCGAAGAGAAGUGUGGCUUCAUCGAUGAGGAUGAGCUGGCCGAAGAGACGGGUGACAUCGCCCAGGGUUACGGCGCCAUGGCCGGUCCGGCUAAAAGCUACGGGGCCACCGCGCAGCUCAACGGAGGCUGGGUUCAGGACUGGGAUAAGACGGAGGAGUAUGUUCAGGAACCGGCCGGGAAGAUGUACGCUGAGCGCGGAUACUCUUAAGCCAGACUCUCACGUCACGGAUCGCACAACAUUAAACGUAGGUGUUUAAAUCCAUCCUGUGUGUUCAAGUGAAACGGUCACUACUUUCAAAAAGCCAAUGUAAACAAAUAGUCGAAUGCAAUGCAGAACAAUCCUCACUAGAUUCUCACUCGCUCUCGUCACAUCUACCUACUAUAGGGCUUCACUAUAAAGAGAGCAAAGAAAAACUGCAGGCCUAUGUUGUACUUCUUAGGCACUCAAACCUCAUCAAUCUACUUGAACAACGGGAACCAGAUGACACUGCAGUUGACCAUCGAAUAGGGUCUUUCUCUGAAAUACCACUAUGAUUGCACUGAAACGAAGUAUUCUAAAUUUUAGUCAGUUUCUCAAAUGUGUUUUAUGUACUGUACAUACCUGUAUACUGUUUCUGUGAGACUAUUGUGGAUUUUGGGUCGUUGAUCUGUGUUAACAUUAAUAUAAAAGGCCAUAUUUUUCAUGGACAGCACCUUUUCAGGGAGAUGUCUGCUUGCAAAAAAAAGGUCUCCUUCUCCUGGAGCGAGGCCUAUAAUACUCUAUAAGACAAAAAUAGCGUGAGUGAAGUCGAACCGUAGAGUUUUAGUGUGUGUUUGCUGCAUGAAUUUGCUCAGAUCAAUGUAUCAGAUGCAACCGCCUCACAGUCACGGAUAGUCCUCAUUCGGCUCACUGCUUCGUUCCCAGAUAGGCGUCUUCUGCCAUUAUUAAUAAUAAGAUGAACUUUCAUAAUCAGGUGCCAGUCGUAAUUUGAGACCAAUCAAAAAAGUGUUGAUGGCGAUUGCUCAGAGGACAUUGUUUAUUGAUGUUUGGUGUGCACUGCAAUAAAUUCUUGUACCAGCCGCCACCCGUCACAUUCUGUUUUGUAAUGUAACACUGGCUUGCUGUAUCUAACUGUAAUUGUUUUGGAGUCAUGUGAUGCUCAGCAUUAAGGUGUGUGUGUUUUAACAAAUGACUAGUGUCUGGAGAAUCCAGCUUUAGUGCUCAUGGUGCAGGACGAGUUGCAUUUCGUCAGCGAGGAAUGCAGUAACGUGUGUGAACAACCGGGUUGUCGUGAUCUCUUGGUGUUUCUCUCGGUUGUUCUCAUUGACACCAAAAGUAUUUUGUUGACACUUUGAUAUCGUCACGUUCGAUCGGACCACUUGAGUUAAAAGACCGCUCUUCCACAUGCAUUUAUUUGCUAUUUGUGCACUUUCCUAAUUUUAUUGUAUGAAAUUUGCAAGGAUGUUUAAAAUAUAUGAAUAUUUAAGAAUGUUUAAGCUGACCAAAAGAUGCUAUUGCGGCUUUGUGCCUAAAGUUUAUGUAAACAUAUAAAUGUGAUUUUAUGGCUUCUAAUAUUGUGUUUAAUGAAGAGGUAUGUUGAUGUCAAAAGUGUUAAAAGUAUAAAGAAUACUAUCAUUUUAUAAAAACUCC